AUGACUUCUCAACAUUCCGGAGCGGCGACACUGCCAAAAGGCUUCCGCUAUCAUGAUCCAGAUCUGCAGGACCCCAAAACACCGGAGCCAUCCGCUUCGAACGAGGAACUGCAGCCACCCUCACCGCCGCGUCCACGGUUCAAACUGAAAAGGCGCGUCGCCUCCAACUUGACCGCCCCAACAAGCCAGUUCCUCGCGUCUGUCGCUACCGCUGAUGUGCCGAUUCCGAGCAUCGAAGAACCAGAAGCACCUGGUGGAAACAUGCACAUAUCCAGCAUGACAUAUCCGGUUAUUCACAACCUCAAGGACUUGGAGGAUAUCGGGAUACAGAAAAUUCGCGGCAGACGAUUUUCUCCACCCAAGACGCCAGCACCCGGCGCCGCUCCCUCAUUAUCCCCUAGGCGAUAUCCUAACUGGUCCAUCGACUCUGCCUUCAGUAGUGGCGAGUCGACCCCAGAAUGCGAAUCGAGCCGGCCGUCAACAGCACGGUCCACCCAGACCAGCGCUUCCAUUUUCAGCCGAUUCUCCCUGACAUCUGAAGACUUGCAGUGCAUCAGCCCUGAGACUGAAGCCUCGGACCAUUUCAAUCGCGCCUUCUCGGAGACUGCUGAUGAAGUGGUCGAAAAGCCAGCCAAAGUAAAGGGGAAGAGAAGGAAGGCUCCUUGGACGAAAGCUAUGAACGAUCAUCUAUGGGCAACCUACCUCAUGUAUCUACAGGACCCUAAAGUUACCCCAUUUCGCACCGGCAAAAGCUGCAUCCCUCCCCACGGGGUCUGUCUCCGCGUCGCGAGGGAAGCAAAGAGGAGCUGGAGAGGUCCCAAGGGCGCAAGGAAGUCACUGAACCCAAAAAGUGGAAGCAACACCCCCACGGUUGAAGGUGCAUGCACCUUUUUACAGUGGCCACACACUUGCGCAGCCACUCGAGCGCACCUGAGGGAUCUCUGCAAACUUAAAGCGGCCUCCUCAUCGGCCCGGAAAAGCCAAUUCCUUCCCAAUAGCCCGACGCCGUUUGGGCGGACCGCUACAAGGUACUGGAACCGGAAAUCCACGCCGGCCCGAUCUCCCUCCGUCUUUUCGGCACACGACAUGUCAAUGUCGCUUACAAUAAGCACCUCGGAGGCCAUGCAACCCCAGGGCCCUCUGGCACAGCUUACAAAGUCAACCCCGGAACCUGUCGAGGAACCAAUGACGGAGCCGUUUCCUCCACUUCCGGUGGAUUUAUCCAGCCUUGACGUACCUGUGGAUGAGCGUCCACGACUCGGCUCACCUUUUAUGGCCAACAGCUACGGACCCAGCUCAAGCGGAGCACUCUCUGCUGCGAUAUCCUCCAUGCCACAGAGGCAAAACCAGAGCCUCGGCCACCGGCGCACCACCCUUCAGUCCCCGGCGCGCUUGACCAGAAGCCGAUCCAACACACAGAAGCGGAUCGGGAGACCGCGGGUGGCGACCCAUGAGCCGCGCAAGACGAAGCGACCGAGUCUCGGCUCAGACCUCUGGGCCGAGCCGAGUCCAUUCGACGACGCUCCCAAGACUCCUCUCCGGCCUGAAAUUGAGUUCAGCUCAACGAACAGCAACGUGCAUGAUGAUCUUUUCGUGCCCCGGACGAGCCUUUCGGGACUUUUUACCGCGCCGAUACCGAUACCUUCGGCGCGGCCUGACCCCACGGGGCCAUCGUUGGCCCCUCCCAGCGCGCCACCAGCACGUCUUGGCUCGCCGUUCCCCGGGUCACAGACGAGUUUCUCAUUCCCCAACCGGUUCACGCAACCGGAGGAGCUUGAGCAUGGAACCAUUCGCCGUCCAUUUGCGACGGUGCAACAAUCUGUGGAUGGUGGAACAGCUCCGCCUCGGAACCUGGCCAACCGCCUGGCUUAUAUUGACGACCGUCUCAGGGAGUUCAGACGGCGCGACAGCAAUCGCCGCCGGUCAGAAUCGCCCUUUUAA